AUGGCGGUGUUCCUUCUGGUGCGCCACUCCCACCAGCCCUUCCCCACCCUUGUCGUGUGGCAGAUCAUGGCGGUGUUCGUGCUGAUCAUGGCAGAGUUUCUGCUGGUGAAAGAGACCAGCGCUGUCACCUUCUCUGUGGCCGGCACCGCCAAGGAGGUCGUCACCAUCCUGGUGUCGCACAUGGUGUUUGGCGACCGCUUCACGCUCGUGUCGCACAUGGUGUUUGGCGACCGCUUCACGCGUGUCACAGUGCUGGGCAUCGUCAUCAUCAUUCUCGGCGUCUCCCUCUACAUCGCCUACAAGGUGUCGCGCAACAAGGCACGUGAGUCUGAAGGCCAUCGGGUGCACGCGCUCACUGACGAGCUCCUCCCUGACCACCCGGCCACGCCCUCGGACCAACUUUAG